AUGGAUUACGCGAAUAUGUAUUUCGACUUCACGAACUUUGAAUCAGAGCCUAUCAUCGACCAGUUCCCGAAUCUGAAUGUGCCGUUAUGUAAGUGAAUAUUUCAACAAAUGACACAAAUGCAUGUCUUUUUUCGUUCAGAUGAAUCUGACGCGGAAAAUGAAGUGGAAGAUGCAAGUGAAAACGUUUCUGAUAACUUUAAUUUCUGGAAUAGCUCCGAAACCAUCUCGUCUUCUUUCGAAAUCCAGUAUAGCAAUGAGAAUAUCGGUAAGUUUUCACGCCUUUUCCAUUUUGAACAUUGUGUUUUUGUAGUAUGGAAUGACCCGAUCAGUUCGCCGGAACCCACUCAUCCGCAUGCUCUUUUAUUGAAAUUCAUGGAGAGCGAGCCGGUGAAAGUGAAGCCCAGAACGAUCACGAAUCCGGUCAGAAUCGAAAAGAAGGGGGAGGUGAAGAGUACACCGGGGAUUUCGAAAUGGGAAGUAAGGAGGACCUCAGGAAGUGUGUCCGCUCCGUGCGAGAUCGAGAGACCGCCGUUCUCCUACCCCCAAUUGUGCGCUUAUGCACUUUUGAAUUCUCCGGACAAAGUGCCAAUAUCAGAUGUGUAUUCUUUCAUUCUGUGAGUUUUAUAAUAUUUUCCCCUAAUAACCUUUUCUAUUGCAGACACCACUUCCGUUUCUACCGAUACACUCCGCUCAAAUGGAGACCUUCCAUUCGUCACUGCUUAUCGAUCACACCAUUUUUUAAGAGUUCGGGCCGGAAUGGGCGGUUCCAUGAACUGGUAAACGUAAAGGAAGCCAAGGAUUGUGUGCUGCGGUCUGAUCCGAUCAUCGAAGAUUACAAGAAAAAGGACAGAAGAGGAGAAGGUAAGGAAAAGACGUAAGUGCAGAUAAGAAUGGUUGUUUGCAGAGUUCUACGAUCGGAUGCUUCGAGGGGAAAUCGGGCUGCCCCGCCCUCUCUUCUACCACGUCGUCGGCCUGCAAUUCCCCUGCUUCGCCGGCCCGGAGAACUCGGCUCUCUUCUAUCAUCUGCUCUCGAUCAAGCACAUUCCAUCGAAGUUCGAGCCUCUCUUCCGUGAAUACUGCUGGCAGGAACAUUCCGGAUGCGAACCCAAACAUCGCUAUGAAUCCAUCGUAUUCACAAUUCGCUACGCUUCGAAAGCAGAGAAUCUGACGUCGUACGGAGCGGGAAUAGGCGGAGGUUUGCGAGGAGAGCGGAUGACGGAGGAGGAGAUCCACGCCUUUCACGACAACGUCGAGGAGUACUUUCAACUUCAGCAAGAGCAUCUCAUGAAGAAAAUUGACACGUGGAGUACUCCAGCUCUCGUUCACGUGAGGAGGAACGUGAUCGACGGAGGAAAUAAGGUGCCCUUUGAGAUCCCUCGGCGAGGUGAACAUCUUCCGCCCGGUUCUUUGUACCGAACACCGGAAUUUGGUCCAGUUAUGUACGUUUUCCAUGGUGCUAAUGUGACCAACAAUUAUCAACCUUCAGGGAUCCGCGAGACAUCAGUCUCUACACCUGA